AUGACUCCCCACAGCUUGAUGGCCCCUAUUGUCCCCACCCACACCCACACCCACAUGUGGGCACACUGGGGGCCCAGCACACCCGAGCUAGCUCCAUACCUGGGUACCGGUGGCAAGGCUAAGCUGAGCGGGACGGCUGCGGGGUCCAGGAGCCGCGGCUCCGGGAAGCAGCUCCAGCACCCCGGCUCUCCAGGACCCUCUGCACGGUGCCGUGCCGUGCCGUGCCGUGUCGAGCCGUGCUGUGCUGUGCCAGUCUAUGCCGUACCGCUCCGUGCCAAGCCGACCCGCGUGGGCGGGCUGCGCGGGGCUAUAAGGCGGCCCCACGACGGGGAGCAGUGCGGUGCCAUGUGCGACCCGGGGCUGCGCUGCCGCCUCCUCCUCUUCCUCCUUCUGUUCGCAGCUACCGCCAGAGCGACCCCCGGUACCGGAGCGGCCCAGCCAGAACGGCCCCGCACCCGCCGCGGGCUCACCUACCCCGGGACACUGUGGUGCGGUGCGGGAAGCAACGCGGAUGCCUACGAGCAGCUGGGGGAGCAUCGGGACACAGACCGGUGCUGCCGGGACCACGAUCACUGCCAACACAUCAUCCACCCCUUCACUGCCCGCUACGGGUACCGCAACCUGCGCUGGCACACCAUCAGCCACUGCGACUGCGAUCGCAGAUUGAAGGAUUGCCUGCAGCGGGUGAAUGACACGGCCUCGCGCGUGGUGGGCCAGGCCUUCUUCAACGUCAUCCAGGUGCCCUGCUUUGAGUUCACGUACAGGGAGGAGUGUGUGGAGCCUUACCUCUAUGUCUGGUGCAAGACUUACAACACGGUGGCCAUCGCGGUGCCCAGGGAGCCAGUGCUGUACGAGUAUGGUGGGGAGCUGAUUGACCGGGCAGCCAGACCCGACGGGGUCCCUCUGAGCCCCCCAUGGAGCAAUGUAGGUGGAGAAGCCAUCCCAGUGGAGCAUCAGCCACCUGCCCACCCCCUGUCCACCCCCAUGGCAUCCAAGAAACAGAAGAAGGGGAAGAAGAGAGAUAAGAAAAAGAAGGGGAAAGGUCUGAAAAAGAAAAACCCUUCCCAAACCCAGGAGCUAAGCAGCCCUGCAGCUGCUGCCCUCACUGGGCAGGACCCACAGGCCCCACUGCUGGACUUGGGGGAAGUGGUCAGUGCCAUCCUCAGCAAUGCCCCAGUGCAGGAGGGCUUGGGCAGGGUGCCAGCACUCACCACUGCAUCCCCAGUCCCCACCACCAGUGGGAAGAGGAGGAGGAAGGAGAGAAACAGAAAGAAGAGGCUGAAAAGCAAAGCUGAGGCAGAGCCUGCGUAACAGCCAUGGCCCUGAGUCCCCCUGCACGGGUUGUGGCUGUAAUAAAGUUGGUUG